AUGCUUCCAAGUGUCCUAAUCCAGACGAAUAGAUGCUCACGUGUUCACAGAAAGCUCAGACAAGAAAAGGCUCUUGUCCGUAAUGAUAGAGGGCAUUCUGCGGAUAAUCCGGUUAAAUCCAUCAAUGAAUUAUGCAGGAAAAUUGCUGCAAGAAGAUUCCAGAAGUCCAGUAGAGAGGGGUGCUUGCUCAUUUGCAAAUCAAUUUUGACUUUCACAAGAGACUCAACUGAAUCUCUCGUUUACGAUAUUCUACAACUGAGUGUGCUGCACACAGGCCGCCUCAUGAUUCAGAUAAUUCUGCGAAAGGCAAAAAAAUUGGUUUUAAAAAAUCGAAUGGGAGAGAUACAUAAACUAAAUUUGCUUCCAAGUGUCCUAAUCCAGACGAAUAGAUGCUCACGUGUUCACAGAAAGCUCAGACAAGAAAAGGCUCUUGUCCGUAAUGAUAGAGGGCAUUCUGCGGAUAAUCCGGUUAAAUCCAUCAAUGAAUUAUGCAGGAAAAUUGCUGCAAGAAGAUUCCAGAAGUCCAGUAGAGAGGGGCAGCUGAUUGUGCUGCACCAGGCCGCCUCAUGUUUCGAUUGCUACGAUAGUCGAGAUAUCGCUAUACAUGUAUAUUCGUAA